AUGAGAAGCCUUGCCCUCUUUGCUGCCAUUCUCCUGGUGGCCCUGCAGGCUCGGGUAGAGCCACUCCAGGCAAGAGCUGACGAGCCUACAGCCCAGGAGCAGCCUGGAGCAGAUGAUCAGGAAGUGGUUGAUUCCUUUGCAUGGGAUGAAAGGGCUGCUCUUCAGGUUCCAGGCUCAACCAGGGGCUUGACCUGCACCUGCAGACGAGAUUCCUGCCGUCCUGGAGAACACCGUAGAGGGACUUGGAGUGCUCCUGGAGUACGCUACCCGUACUGCUGCAGCUGA